AGAUCUGGAAAAUCUAAAAAGUAGCUGAUGCUAUUCUGUGCCCUUCUGCGUCAAAUCGCGAAAGUCGCAGAAGGCACGCUCGGACUCCCACGGUUUGCACAGGCCAGGCGAGUCGGGGAGCAGCACCCGGACCCUCCGAUUCGCCUUCGCGGAGCUGAGCGCGCGCGAACCGGCAGCCGUGGGCGGCGCCACCGGCGUCGGGUCGCCUUCCUGCCAAGGCCCGCCCAGGCGCGCCGGCGGAACGCUCCGGCCGCCCUCCGCUCCCGGCUCUCCGGUUCCCGGGCCGCCCGGGGGGACGCAGUUGGCGGCGACACCGGAGGGGGGCGGGUCAGGAAGUGGGGGCGCGGCGGUCGGGAGCGGCCCUGGGGCAGCCGAGGGGCUCGGCGACGCCGAGGACGGGAGGCUCCGGGCCCGCGCGGGAGCCGGAGGGGCGCCCCGGUCCCCGUGGAGACCAUGGCGGAGGAAGAAGUAUCUCAUGUGAAGAUCACUGGACCAGAGACUGAAAUAGCAGGACCAACUGUAGAACUGCGCCAAAGGAAAAAGCCAAAGUCUUCAGAAAAUAAGGACUCUGCCAAAGAAGAAAAAAUCAGUGACACUCCAGUUCCUGAAAGACCUCCAAAAUAUGUAUUAUUUCAGCGCUUUGCAAAGAUUUUCAUUGGCUGUCUUGCAGCAGUUACUAGUGGUAUGAUGUAUGCUCUCUAUUUAUCAGCAUACCAUGAACGGAAAUUCUGGUUUUCCAACAGGCAGGAGCUUGAACGGGAAAUCACAUUUCAGGGUGACAGUGCCAUUUAUUACUCUUAUUAUAAAGAUAUGUUAAAGGCACCUUCAUUUGAAAGAGGUGUUUAUGAACUGACACACAAUAACAAAACUGUGUCUCUGAAGACUAUAAACGCAGUGCAGCAAAUGUCUCUCUAUCCAGAACUUAUUGCCAGCGUUUUAUAUCAAGCAACUGGUAGCAAUGAGAUUAUUGAGCCUGUGUAUUUCUACAUUGGGAUUGUUUUUGGAUUGCAAGGAAUAUAUGUUACUGCUUUAUUUGUUACAAGUUGGCUUAUGAGUGGAACGUGGUUAGCAGGAAUGCUUACUGUCGCAUGGUUCAUCAUUAACAGGUUAGAUACAACAAGAAUUGAAUACUCCAUUCCUUUAAGAGAAAACUGGGCACUCCCAUAUUUUGCGUGCCAAGUUGCUGCACUUACGGGCUAUUUAAAAAGCAACUUAAAUACAUAUGGCGAGAGGUUUUGCUACUUGUUGAUCAGUGCUUCAACUUACACAUUUAUGAUGAUGUGGGAAUACAGCCACUAUCUCUUGUUUCUACAAGCAAUAUCUCUGUUCCUGCUAGAUAGUUUUUCAGUGGAGCUAAGUGACAAGGUUCAUGAAGUUUAUAAAAUCUAUAUAUUUUCUCUUUUUCUGGGAUAUUUACUGCAGUUUGAGAAUUCAGCCUUAUUGGUAUCUCCUUUAUUAAGUUUAGUGGUGGCCUUAAUGCUUGCUAAAUGCCUUCAGCUGAAUGUGAAAAAAGGCACUUUUAUAGCUAAGAUGAUAAAAGUGAUUAAUUUUUACUUGGUGUGUAUUCUGACAGUGACACUGAAUAUUAUAAUGAAGAUGUUUGUCCCACACAAAGAAAAUGGGCACAUGCUGAAAUUCCUUGAAGCAAAAUUUGGACUAAAUAUGACUAAGAAUUUUACAAUGAAUUGGCUCCUGUGUCAAGAAUCUCUGCAAACACCAUCUCAAGACUUUUUUUUGCGAUUGACACAGUCUUCUUUAUUACCUUUCUAUAUUUUAGUGUUAAUUAUUUGUUUUCUUUCUGUGAUGCAAGUUAUUUUUUGGAGAAUUAAUGGUAAGAAGUUCCUGAAAGAAACUAUUACUCUUGAGGAUGGACGAAUUGGAGAAAGGCCAGAAAUAACAUAUCAUGUGAUUCAUACUAUUUUAUUGGGCUCUCUUGCAUUGAUUAUAGAAGGCUUGAAAUACCUUUGGACUCCUUACGUUUGCACGCUAGCAGCCUUUGGUGUGUGUUCUCCUGAACUUUGGAUGACACUUUUCAAAUGGCUUCGAUUACGAACUGUACACCCAGUAUUGUUAGCUCUUAUUCUGAGCAUGGCUGUGCCUACUAUAAUAGGUCUCAGCUUAUGGAAAGAGUAUUUUCCAAGAUUAAUGACAGAAUUAACAGAACUACAAGAAUUUUAUGAUCCAGAUACAGUGGAACUUAUGACCUGGAUAAAAAGGCAAGCCCCAGUUGCAGCUGUGUUUGCAGGGAGUCCACAGUUAAUGGGUGUGAUUAAAUUAUGCACCGGAUGGAUGGUGACAAGCUUACCUCUUUACAAUGAUGAUGAUCUUCUCAAGAGAAAUGAAAAUAUCUAUCAAAUCUAUUCAAAGCGAUCUGCUGAGGAUAUUUAUAAAAUACUGACAUCCUACAAGGCUAAUUACCUAAUUGUUGAGGAUGCUAUCUGCAAUGAGGUGGGAACCAUGAGAGGCUGUAGGGUUAAAGAUUUAUUAGACAUUGCAAAUGGCCAUGUGGUUUGUGAAGAAGGUGACAAGUUAACUUACUCAAAACAUGGGCGAUUUUGUCAUGAGGUCAAAAUUAACUAUUCUCCAUAUGUGAAUUACUUCACUAGAGUCUACUGGAACAGGUCCUACUUUGUAUAUAAAAUCAACACUGUGAUAUCCUUUCAGUCUUGAAAAAUAACAGAGCCUUCAUUUCAAAGACUUAGACCACUUGAAGUAAAAUGCAGUUUUCUUGUACCUAUGUGGUGUCUUUUGGAAAUCAGAGUAUGAUAUAUGCUGCUGCUUUUCCCCUCCUGCGGUCAGCUGGAUCCAGAGUUCUUUGGGGAAUAGAUCAAGCAUUAUUGUCCUUUGGUAAAAUGUCAAAUCUACUACUCUAAUACUCCAGCCAGCUGUUUUCCUUCUUGUUACCUGGUCUUUAAAGAUCUUACAUUCUGAACUAUUGUAAAAUUUUCCUCAUAAAUCUUCAUUCUAUAAUGUUGAUCUUGAAUUUGAAUAUAUUCAAGGUCAGAGUGCAUCUUUCAAACAUAGUAUUUAAUAAAGACUUAAUAUGAUAUAGUUAUAGAAUAGAAGGAAACAAUUAUUCUUACCCUCAAGGUAGUUUCUGAAAGUAUUUCAGGGUUUAUAACAGAACUGAAAUAUAAAAAAAAAAAAAAAUGUUAGCCAAAAAUAUGUGGCAUUUAAAAUAAAUUGAAGAUUAUAUGAAGGAAAGUGAUUUUUAAGGAUAUACAUAAAGAUAUAUCCAGAUUUUCCAUAUACUGCCCAUACCAUCUGCUGCUUAUAUAAAUGAGCACUUAGUAAUACAUAGUGCAUGAUAUUGCAUUUUAUUAUUUUAUAACUAUUAAGUGGUUAGCUUUUUUCACUUAUGCCCAUAAAUUUGAUACCAAUUUAAUCAUGAUAAAACACUAACUCUUGUACCUAUAUAUUUUUUAAAACAGACAUUUAAAAGGAUGCUGGUCAGGUUUUUAAAAACUAUAGAUAUGGGGUAUAUGAUCUAGUUACAUGUUUUCUACUGAACUAUUAAGUAAAAAAUUAAAUAUCAGAAUAAGAAUAUGUACACUAAAAUGAGCAACAAUUUCUGGAGUUACAUGCAGAUGCUGUUAAGUAUACCUCUGCAGACAGAUAUAUUCAUUGUAAAACACAAGUGCUAUUAUUCAUGAAACUGUGAUACAGUCUUCAACAUUAAGAACAAAAUGACAGUUACAAUAAGACAGCACAGUUUCACAGUCUAAAUGCUUUCUUCCUGUAAGUUAAAUAUUUUCAUAUUUUUAAUCAUAUUAUGAAAGAAAUUUUUAAAUGAUUAAUUUGGUCUUAUAAAGAGAUUCAUGAUAGGUGUAUCAUUUUAAUAAGAUGGGCUGCAUGUUUACUUUUACCUUAUAUAUGUGUUCAGUGAAUAGGUUUCCAAAUUUUCACUUGUUAAAGUGCUAUAAAAAUUGCAAUUUCAGUACUCCAAAUUACGACAUUAGUAGAGAGCAUCUUUCCAUUAUCUUACUUUCUGGUUCAUAAAUGUGUGUGUGUGUAUAUAUAUAUAUAUAUAUAUAUAUACACACACACACACACACACACAUACACACACCAUAUAUAUUUUUUCUUUUGUUUUAAAGUACAAAAGCACGUGCAUUCUUAGAUUUCCUCUAGGAUGCUUUGCUCUUUUGGAGCUUAUAACUGUUUGAUGGCCAUGUCAUUUAUCUGGUGCAUUAGUUUUAUUGGUUCUCAUAUCACGCUUUUAUAAUUUUUAACAAUUAAGAUAACUGCAGGCAGAAUAUUUCAAGUUCUCUAUACAUCUUAAUAGUGAGUCACUAGUAUUUAGCUUCAAGCCUUAUGAAAAUACUGUCAGUUACCUAAAUGUGCAGUGAAUAGUCACAUGGUAGUAUUUGUGAUUAGAGCAUAUAAAACAAUGUAAUUUAAAAGUUGGCUUGCAUAUUUUGAAAGGGAAAUAGAACAAUCUACUUUCUAUGUAGCAUGAAAUAUUUAAUAGAAUUUUUAUUGAUUUAUAUUUUCAAAGAUGCUGAAUUAGUUUUAAUUGUGGCUUCAAUUUUUGACAUAUUAGUAAGUUACUUUUGUUCUGUCAACUUCUUAAAAUAGAUUUGGAGAAGCUUUUAAUUGUUUAAAAUAAUGAAUUUUUCAUGCAGCAUCAUUUGAAAAAGAAAAUAUAAGCUUUACUAUAAAAGUAAUAAUAUUAGAUAUGAGAGAGAAAUUUAUUUGCCUCUAUUCUAACUGUAGUUAAAAUAAUAGUACUACAAAACUUUUGAGUAAGGAGCAUUUCAUUAAUUUUCUUAUUUAUAGACUAAUAUGAUUAAAAAUUCUGCAAUUAAUUCUUUUGGGUAACUUACAAUUAGUUGUUAGGUUUGACAAUAAAGAUCUAUUGUGAAAGGAACAAAGUACGUGGUUUUGGGGUGGAAAGAAUUUCUUGAGGAAAUACAAAAUAUACUUUGCCCUUGAUGUUGCAAAACCAUUGAAGUUAAGUGCCUUAACUUCUUUGUUUACUUUUCAUUUCCCAAAAAAUAUUAGUCGUUUCUUUUCCGCAAGAAAAUUUUGGUAACUUUUUCCUCAUGAAGCACAGAGAAAGUGUCCUCAUUAUGCUAUUUUCACUAUAAACUUUAAUUCAUUAGUAAGCAAGUCUUUAUUAAGGGUAGCAGGGGGAUUUCUCAUCUGCUAAAUAAAUUAAUUUAGCAUCCCAAAUGCCAAACAAUUCCACAAAUAAAACUUACUUGAUAAAGUAUAUGAUAUUACUUCUGUGCUGAUUUAUUUAUUUUUUUUAAUUUUGAUGUCUGUAUGUUGGUGCUUUUUGUUAGACUGAUAGGGUUUUAUAACCUAGGGAGUAUGCAUUGUACUUGAGAACUUUUUUCUUCAUUACUUUCUGCGUAUAUAGACAGCAUGUUUUUCAGGACAUUAAUCCAAAUUGCCACGAGCUUCAAUGUUAUGGCACUCUUCCAUACAGUCCAGAUUAACUCAAGGAAAAGCAGAAGUGGAGGUCUAAGUGUUUUACAAGUUGGGGGCUGAAAAAUAUACUUUAAAAAAAUCAGUUACUAAUUUCUUGAAGGGCACAAUGAAUAGCCAUCUUAUUAAUUGUUUUGUUUUUGAGAAAUCGAUUUUGGGGGCCAUUUUUAUUUUUGAACUGUUAAAACACUUUGAUGCCUUGUGGAUAAAAGUAGUGCCUCUUUGUAGAAUUAGUGGAGUUUCUAAAAGUUCUACGUGUCGACUUUUUGGGUAAAUCUAUUUUAAGUGCAUGAAUAUUUAAAGGACACAUGUUAUGAAUUCUGCAUAUUUAAGAAUUUUUUGUAAAGCAAAUAAUUAGUUACUGAUUUACAUCUCAAUAUAUAUUCUCUCUUCAUUUGUUUAGUUUUUAAAAUACAUAGUCUCUAUUGUUGUUUUUUGCUAAUACUUUUAGAUCCCAUUAAUUAAAGUUACAGUUCUGAUAGUUGCAAAUAAAAUCAAACAAUUUCUAAUUGAAAUAAUAGCUUAUUAUGAAGUUUUUGAAUGUGUAGAAUUAACAUUUUAAAUAAAAUUAGAUGUGAAAAUUGUAAAGGAAUAUAUUUGACUCAAUUAUUUCCAUCCAUUAUGUUUUGUAAAAAUUAUAUUGACUUGUUUUACAUAAUAAAACAGGGCAUUUAAGAACCAGAUUUGCUGAACUUGGCAUAAAGUCACCUUUGAAUCAUUUCUGUUUAUAGGUUUCUUAGAAUUUGCAACAUUUUAAUCUUGGCAUAUAUAAUCUUGGCAUAUGUAAUGUGUAGUUCUGUAAGAGGUACACUGAACAUCUGACCACUAUAUUUAGUGAAUAAUAGUAUCAGAUAGAAACAUGCAUUUCAGACUUAUAGUUUGAAAUAUCUUGUAAGUAACCAUUUCAUAUUUUAAGUUUAGUAGCUUUUUGUACUGCUGUUUAACAAAGGUGAAUACAACUGCUUUUAUGUAGGUUGACUUCUGAAUCAUAUCUACAACAGUGUAUAUUCAGAUUGUGUUACUCCUACAACUAAAGUGACAUCUGAACAAAAAAAUAAAAGUUGAUUUUAAUAAAUAUAAAUCUUUUAAAAGUUGGGUAAUAAACUAGUGUACGUCAGAUUUUGUAACAUUAAAUAUACUUAUAUCAAGAACAAAAUUCUCUCAUGCUUAAAAACACUUUUGUUUCUAUAAUAAAACUCUAGAAUUUGUCUUUUAUUUCCGUGAAAGUCUUCUGUUGUUACAGCUUUAUUGAGAUAUAAUUUACAUAACAUACUAUUCACCCAUUUAAAGUGUACAAUUCAACAAUUUUUAGUAUAUUCAUAGAACUGUGCAAUUUGCACCGCAAUCAAUUUUAGAACACUUUUAUCACCACAAAAAGAAACCCCAUCCCUUUUGGCUGUCACCUCCAUCCACUCCAUCCUCAGGCAACUCCUACUAACACACUUUCCGUCUCUUUAUUUGCCUGUUCUGAACAUUUCACUUAAGUGGAAUCAUUUAAUAUGUGGUCUUUUAUGACUGGCUUCUUUCAUUUAAUGUAACAUUUUCAAAGUUUAUUCUGUUGUGUGUAUCCUUUUUAAUUGCCAAAUAAUAUUCCAUUGUAUGGAUAUACCAUAUUUUAUUCAUCAUUUGAUGGACAUUUGGGCUUUUCCCACUUUUUGACUAGUAUGAAUAAUGUUGCUAUGAGUAUUGAUGUACAAAUCUUCGGGUGGACUUAUGUUUCAUAUUUCUUGUGUAUAUGUCUAGGAGUAGAAUUUCUGGGUUAUAUGAUAACUGAAGAAUUGCCAGACUGGGUUUUCAAAGUGGCUGUAGUAUUUUAUAAUCCCUCCAAUAAUGUGUGAGGUGUCCAAUCUCUCCACUUCCUCGUGAACACUUGCUAUUACUUUUCCUCUUGAUUGUAGCCAUGCUGGUGGGUAUGAAGUGGUAUAUCAUUGUGGUUUUAAUCCACAUUUCCAUCAUAGCUGAUGAUGUUAAGCAUUUUUUCAUGUGCUUACUGGCCAUUUGUAUACCUUCUUUGCAGUAGUGUUCAUUCAAAUUGCUUGCCUAUUUUUAAACUGGGUUCUUUUAAUUAUGGAAUUGUAAAGGUCUAUGUAUUCUAGAUAAAAGUCCCUUAUGAUGAGAUAUAUAAAUUGGAAGUAUUUUCUUCCACUCAGUAGGUUCACUUCACAAUGUCCUUUGAAGUAGAAAUGCCUUUAGUUUUGAUUGUAUAGUUAUUCACAUUUGGUGUUAAUUACAUAGCAUUUUUACUAUCAUGUUUUAAGUAGAUAUCCUUGUAUGUAUCCUACUUAGACUUUGUUGAGCUUCUUGGUUAUUUAAAUUAAGAAUUUUUAAAAAUUAAAUUUGGAACUUCUUGUAUUCCCAUUACAUACA